AUGUUUGCUAAUAAAUACAGCAAGCACGACUUCUCCAAGCUACGCAAUGAUGCUUUUUGGGAAUUUCUUUUUUCAAAGCACCCAUUCGAUCAAGUUAGACGAGAAAAUCUUAACAAACUAGUCAGUCUUUUCAACGAGAAAGAAAAUGGCAAAUUUACUUUUAUUACACUCAACAAACUUUACUUUAAAAAUUAUGGAGAAUAUUUAACACCAAGAUUUUUGAGGGAUUUAUUCUGCACUCGAUUAAUGCCAGAAGGUUACGAAUUUGAAGUGUUCCGUUAUUGUGGCCGAAUGUUUAUAUUGCAAGAACCAGACAUCAUUUCACUUACAAUCGAUGAAUCCAGCGAAGAAAAAAAUAUUUUUGUACGUUUUUAGUGGAGGGGAUUGGAGUGGAGGGGAUCUUAUUUUUAAUUUUUAAGGUCAGUUCGGCUCCACAA